CAAACGCGGCACACGAGUUUCCUCCCAAGCUCUGGAGACACAGGGCAGGUGGGUAGCAAUUGCCCGCAGAAACCACGCCCUCUGCAUUAUUUUUGUCGGAGGGAUCCAUCAGGGGAGCCAGAAAAGCGCUCCUCCCCCGGUCACCUUUCCUUUAAAAGCCCCGCCCCGAAGCCCCGCCCACUACGGAAGGCGACGGUGCCUCCCCACGGGGCCCGUGUGCUUUGGCCGGACCUUGGUCCGCCGGCAGGGAAAGCCAGGGGCGUAGGCGCGGAGUGGCCCAGAGAACCUGAGGCGGAAGGACGGUCUCAGGGCCACCCCUGCGGCGGCGGCACUGCGCUCGGCGUGUCCCCGGAAGGAUGGCUGCUGUUUUUCUAAGGUCAAUAAUAUUACAAACCAUAAAGACUGAAAAUAACUGUCUUAGAAGAUGUUUGGGUAAAUACAUCGUGCAAAAGAUGGCACUAGCACAAUUGCCCCUUACUGCUUCUGUCCCAAGACUGUCCUACCUAAUUCAUGCAAAAGCUUUUAGUACUGUUGAAGACUCCCAGCAUGAAAGAAAAAAGAGAAAAAAUAAUGAAACUGAUUUUAGUAACAUUGGAAGAAAAAUUAGUGAGCGAAUCAUUCAUGUGUUUGAUGAGAAGGGCAAUGAUUUGGGGAACAUGCACCGAGCAGACGUGAUUCGACUUAUGGACGAGCGAGAUCUGCGACUUGUGAAAAAGAAGCCCAGCACAGACCCUCCCGAGUACCAGCUCAUGACAGGCACACAGAUUCACCACGAGCGGCUGAGACUGAGAGAGAGGGAAAAGGCCAGACCUAAGACUGGACCUACUCUGACAAAGGAAUUAAUUUUUUCUUCAAAUAUCGGACAACAUGAUUUGGACACAAAGAGUAAACAGAUUCAGCAGUGGAUUGAGAAAAAGUAUAAAGUUCAAGUUACUAUAAAGAAAGCAAAGAAUGCAGAAGAGCCAGAAAAUAAAAUGGAGGAGCUAUUUAAUCAAAUCCUCCAGACUAUGCCUGGAAUAGCAACAUUCUCAUCCAGGCCACAACCUGUUAAAGGAGGAAAAGCUGUAAUAUGUGUUCUUCGUCAUUUGAGCGAAAAGGAAGAAAUUGCAUAUAGACAAAGUCAAGAGACCCAGGAAAGAAACCCUUUAAACAAAGAAAAUGGAAACGACAAAAAAUCAGAUAUUCUGCAUCAGUGAUUAAAGAAAAAUGUGCUUCUGAGAGAAAAUACAGGAAUACCUCGUUUUAUUGUGCUUCACUUUACGGUGUUUUACAGAUGUUGCAUUUUCCCCCCAAAAUCAAAGGCAAGAGCCUCCUCCACAAGUAAAGGCAUUUCAACUUGCUUUAUUGCACUACAUGUUUUAUUGCAGUGGUCUGGAACCACCAAUAAGGUCUGCCUGUAACUGAGCUGGCUGGUCUGUGGAAAAAGAAUUGGAUGUUUAGCUGAGGGUAAGUACCGCAACUGUUGAGAGCACUUUGUCCUCAGUGCAAUUCAGCAACUCUCCAGUUUUAGGCAAAGAUAAGCCAUGCUCUUGUUUCCCUUUAGGAGGAAUGUAUCCACUGAGACGGGAGGACAAACUCCGUUUUCCACGAGCUUGUUUUACCUUUGGAAACAAGGAAAACAAUUAGAAUUCAAAAUAAAAAUUACCUGAAUUUUACAAUAGUUGUACACCCUGAUAGGUACACACACUCCUUUAUAAGAAAAUAAAUCCAUCCAAUUGCUUUCAAUAGUGGUGCAGACUCACACAGUAAUGAGAGUCAAAAAUAUUCUAAAUAGAUUGCAUCUGGCUUCAAUCAGCAAUUCAUGUUUUAAAAACAGCUUGCCUAAGUCGUCUCAACUUACUUUGAGCUUCAUUUUCUUUUUGUCAGGGUCAUGCACAACAGCAUGCCUAGUGAGACUCUGCUGCAAUGAAAGAAAGAAAAUGUUCUAUUUUUAAAACAUUGCCAUUUGGUACCUAUUAACAUAAAAACUCCUGAAUUAUUUAAAUAAACAGCUUCUUUCUGUUAUGUUCUGUUGAGGGGUGUGGCCUCUACCUACAAGGAGGCCACAAGAGGAUUUCUUCCUCAAGUCCUAGACUGAGAUCACCGCCUCUUCUAACAACCCAGGUUAGGAAUUGAUAAUCUCGAUCUCCUGUAGCUUCUUAGCUCUUCAUAAGUAAGAGGUUGGGGAAAACCAGUUCCAAACUAAAGGAAGUUGGUUUAACUGAAGCUAUGUCCACAGCAUCCCCAAACCAAUGGAAUAUCUGGCCAAAGUCUUGCUGUUCUUGAUGAUAAUGCCAACCACCAGCAGCUCCAAGUUGUGUUGUAACGGUUCAGAGCUAUGCUGAACCAGCCUCAUUUCUCACUUCAGUCUUCAUUGUAAUUCAUGGUUUAAGUGCUUGUAAGUGCACCAACCAGAGUGAGAGUCUGCAAAACCACACAGGCCCCUCCAUUUAGUGUCAUGUUCCCAACCUACUAGAAUCAUA